AUGGCACACAAACUGCAACACGUACCGGACGAGGUAGAGCUUGAGAUGAUAUCUCAGGCCGAGCUUUCGAGACUGAAAAGGCAGUAUAGGAUAAUGGAAAAUGACCGAGGUGCUUGCGUAGAGGAUGCAAAAUUACAAAUCCGCAAUCAAAUGAACAUGAUUAAUCGUUUGGAGUAUGAAAAGGCAGAGCUCGUUCUUCGUAUUAAAACCGCAUCUUCGAAAACGUUUACUCGUAAAGACGAGGAAAUGGAGGAAAAGCUGAAGUGUCUUUUGACGAUGCAGACAAAAUACGACGAAUUGAUAAGAACAGAGAAACUGGAAAUAGCAGAGCUCGAUAACGAAAUUCGCAAGUUAUCAAAAGAAGUUUCAUCUCUGAAAAUGAAAGUUAGGACAGACACGCAGCUAAAAGAAUUGUCUUUGCGGCAAACCAAGAUAAGUCGUAUGCUGGAAAAUCGGCUGGAAGUAGCAACGAAAAGAUUCAACGUUGCUGUUGCUCAAAAUAUGAAGUUUCGAGACGAAAUCGAAGAUAUGCUGAAGGAAAGGACGCAGUUUACCACGCUUUGGAAUAAAUUAAUUAAUCAAUUGAACACUGGAAAGCAAGUUAUCAAUGACUUGAUAGAGCAAGCUACCAUCGCGUUCAAUCAAAGGGACGAGGAACUGAACAAGAUCCAGGCUCUUCGCGAAAGGGGAUUAAGAGAUCUAAAGGCACACGUCUCCGAGAUGUGCGAGUUGCAGAGAACAAUGGACAAUGAAAUGAAGCUGCAAGAAUUCCUCGGUGUAAAAGGACAGUAUCGUGAAAUGACCGAUUUGAACGCUAAACGUGCUGCCGAGAAGAAAGCGAGAGUAGAAGAAAAGCAAAAUAAGAUUACAUCUUAUAAGAGCAUUUUACAAUUGAUUAAAGACUUUACUGGUGAACAAGACGUCGAUAAACUUAUAGCACAUUUCGUCAAGCAAGAGGAAGAGAAUUUCGCUUUGUUCAGUUAUGUGAAUGAAUUAAACGAUGAACUGGAGUGUCUCCAGGCGAGAAUGGCUCACUUAACAGCAGCUAUAGAAGAAGCACAAGUUAUGAAUGACCAUACUAAACAUCAACAAACUGAGACAUUAGAGAAACUCAAAAGAGAGCUUGAAGAGCAAACCGCUCUCGCUGAUGCUGCAGAAGAAAAUCUGUCACAGUGCGAUGACGUGAUAGAGAAGCUACUGAAAGGAAUAGAUUCUCUCUUUAAAGCAAUUCGUUGUGACAAUUCUCCAAUUUUACAACUGUUAGGCGAUAAUGAACAAAUAACAAUGAGUAACGUCAUGAUGUACUUGGGAAUCAUUGAGAAACGUAUCACGCAAAUGUUCCAUAAAGUGUAUUGGCUAGAUAGAGCCACCAAAACGCAACAUUUGCGGCUCGAUGAAGACAGAAGACCCAGAUUGAAAGUGCCUCCUAUUGAAUAUAUUGCCCCCACCCAACCUUGCGCCUUAUGCAUCGAAAAAGAAGAAUUGCAAAUCGUAUCCGAAGGUUUGGAACACCCAUUGACACGUGAUGAAGCUACCAAAAAGUUAAAACAAAGACUCGAGGAAGAUUACUCUGAACUCUUGCAUAAUAUAUCUGGUUGUCAUUUGCCAGCAGCUAGAAAAGUCAUACAAAAACGAUAUCAAUAA